GCCGAAGUGAGCGGACGGUUUAACGUCCUGCUGCUGGGCGGGGCCGGCGCGGGGUCUCUAGGCCCAUCCACCCAGUGAGGUGGGGGCCUGGGAAGAACAAACCCGGCCCCCUUGGGACUCUCCCGCGAGCUAGAGCUCGGGCCCUGCCAGCAGCCGCCGCUGCGGCGAUGGGGUGCGGAGCUGCCGUGGGCCGAGACCGAGCGACCCGGCCGGCAGCGACCUCUCCCCGGAGCGGCCGUGGGGCGAGUCUGCAGGGGCGCCCGUGGGGAACGUAGCGCGCCCGCAUUAGGUGCCUGCCAGCGCUAGGUGGGGCCAAGCGUGUGGCCUGCAGGGACGAGCGGUUCCAGCUCUGAUGGCGCCGUGCUCCCCUGUACUCGCACCUCUGUGUUAGCGCAGCUGCGGGCUGGAAUAUGCCCUGUUUGAAAGUUGUGUUGGUUGCAACGCUUGGACUUUCCGUGAGUUGUCAAGGCGGGACUCGGUUGGCCCUUUGGGCACUCCGAGCUAAGGUGAAUUACUGUAACUAUAGAGAGAACCUGAGGCACAAUGGGAGACGAUAGCGAGUGGAUUAAACUGUCCAUUGAUCAGAAAUGUGAACACAAGUUGUGGAAAGCCAGAGUGAAUGGCUACGAAGAAGCUCUGAAGCUUUUUCAGAAAAUAGAAGAUGAGAAAAGCCCUGAAUGGUCCAAGUAUCUGGGACUAAUAAAGAAAUUUGUGACAGACUCCAAUGCAGUGGCUCAGUUGAAAGGAUUAGAAGCAGCACUUGCCUAUGUUGAAAAUGCUCAUGUAGCAGGAAAGACAACAGGAGAAGUGAUUUCUGGAGUUGUAAAUAAAGUGUUCAAUCAACCUAAAGCCAGAGCAAAGGAGUUGGGUAUAGACAUAUGUUUAAUGUAUAUAGAAAUUGAGAAAGGGGAGCCUGUACAAGAAGAGCUGUUAAAGGGCCUGGACAACAAGAACCCUAAGAUCAUAGUAGCAUGUAUAGAGACAUUGAGGAAAGCACUGAGUGAAUUUGGUUCAAAAAUAAUCUCACUAAAGCCAAUUAUCAAAGUGUUGCCAAAACUCUUUGAGUCUCGAGAGAAGGCUGUUCGAGAUGAAGCCAAACUUCUUGCUGUAGAGAUUUACCGCUGGAUAAGGGAUGCUCUGAGACCACCAUUACAGAACAUAAACUCAGUUCAGCUAAAAGAAUUGGAAGAAGAAUGGGUCAAUCUACCGCCAGCAGCUCCCAAACAGACCAGAUUCCUGCGUUCCCAGCAAGAGCUGAAAGCCAAGUUUGAGCAGCAGCAAGCAGCUGGAGGGGAUGCAGAUGGAGGAGGAGAUGAUGGGGAUGAGGUUGUCCCACAGGUGGAUGCUUAUGAGCUACUGGAAGCUGUGGAGAUUCUUUCCAAACUUCCCAAAGACUUCUAUGACAAAAUAGAAGCCAAAAAGUGGCAAGAGAGGAAAGAAGCUCUGGAAGCUGUUGAGAUGCUGGUGAAGAAUCCCAGACUGGAAGCAGGGGACUAUGCAGACUUGGUGAAAGUUCUUAAGAAGGUUGUUGGAAAGGACACAAAUGUCAUGUUGGUUGCUUUGGCUGCCAAAUGCCUUGCUGGAUUGGCUACAGGACUCAGGAAGAAAUUUGGACAAUAUGCAGGACAAGUUGUCCCAACUAUCCUGGAAAAGUUUAAAGAGAAGAAGCCUCAGGUCGUGCAGGCUCUACAGGAAGCCAUAGAUGCAAUCUUCCUUACGACUACAUUGCAGAACAUAAGUGAGGAUAUUUUGGCUGUGAUGGACAACAAAAACCCAACAAUCAAGCAACAGACAUCCCUAUUCAUUGCAAGAAGCUUUCGUCACUGUACACCUUCUACCCUGCCAAGGAGCCUGCUAAAACCCUUCUGUGCUGCUCUUCUUAAGCAUAUCAAUGACUCUGCCCCUGAAGUUAGAGAUGCUGCAUUUGAAGCACUAGGCACAGCUCUGAAGGUGGCUGGAGAGAAAGCUGUGAACCCUUUCCUAGCAGAUGUGGACAAACUCAAACUUGAUCGGAUUAAAGAGUGUGCUGAAAAGGUGGAGCUGGCUUAUGGUAAGAACACAGGUGGAGCAGCUGAUAAAAAGGAAUGCAGACCUGCUGCUGGAAAGACCCCUGUUCUUUCAGGGGCUGCUGGGGACAAGGAUACAAAAGACACUUCAGCAAAAUCAGGACCUUUGAAAAAGGCUCCUGCUGCCAAGUCCGGGGGCCCUCCCAAGAAAAGCAAGCCAGCUGCAGCUGCUGGUGCGGGAGGUGCUGGAAUUAAAGGCAAGAAAGGAUCUGAGACCAAAGAGAUAUUUGAACCUGAACUCUCGAUAGAGGUGUGUGAAGAGAGAGCUUCAGCUGUCCUCCCAGCCUCUUGCAUACAGCAGUUAGAUAGUGGUAACUGGAAGGAGAGACUUGCCUGCAUGGAGGAGUUUCAGAAGGCUGUAGAAUUGAUGGAGAGAAGUGAAAUGCCUUGCCAAGCUCUGGUGAGGAUGCUGGCCAAGAAACCUGGGUGGAAGGAAACCAACUUUCAGGUAAUGCAAAUGAAGCUUCAUAUAGUUGCCCUGAUUGCUCAGAAGGGGAACUUUUCCAAAACAUCAGCCCAAGUUGUGCUGGAUGGUCUCGUGGACAAGAUUGGUGAUGUGAAAUGCGGGAGUAAUGCAAAAGAAGCAAUGACAGCAAUAGCAGAAGCAUGUCUGUUGCCGUGGACUGCUGAACAGGUUAUGUCCAUGGCCUUCUCGCAAAAGAAUCCUAAAAACCAGUCGGAAACCCUGAACUGGCUCUCAAAUGCAAUUAAAGAGUUUGGCUUUUCUGGGUUGAAUGUUAAGGCUUUCAUCAGCAACGUAAAGACAGCUCUUGCUGCCACUAACCCAGCUGUAAGGACUGCUGCUAUUACCUUGUUGGGCGUCAUGUAUCUCUAUGUUGGACCCCCUUUGCGAAUGUUCUUUGAGGAUGAGAAGCCAGCUCUUCUUUCCCAGAUAGAUGCAGAAUUUGAAAAGAUGCAAGGGCAGACUGCACCUGCUCCAACUCGAGGCACUUCCAGACACAGUGGUGGCAGUGGGGAUGACGGUGAGGAAAGAGAUGAGCAAGAGGAUAUAGGGAAUGAUGUUGUGGAUCUUCUGCCAAGAACAGACAUCAGUGAUAAGAUCACAGCUGAAUUGGUGUCUAAGAUUGGGGACAAAAACUGGAAGAUCCGAAAGGAGGGUCUGGAUGAAGUGACAAGCAUCAUUAAUGAUGCCAAAUUCAUACAGCCAAAUAUAGGAGAACUUCCAGCUGCCUUGAAGUGUCGUCUCAAUGACUCCAAUAAAAUCUUGGUUCAACAAACACUGAGCAUCCUCCAGCAGUUAGCCAUGGCAGUGGGCCCAAACAUCAGGCAACAUGUGAAAAACCUGGGAAUUCAGAUCAUCACAGUUCUGGGGGACAGUAAGAACAAUGUACGUGCUGCUGCCCUGGCUACUGUGAAUGCCUGGACAGAACAGACUGGCAUGAAAGAAUGGUUGGAAGGAGAGGACUUGUCUGAGGAGCUCAAAAAAGAAAACCCUUUCUUAAGACAAGAGCUUCUGGGCUGGUUGGCUGACAAGCUGCCUACCCUCCGUUCUGUUCCUUCUGACUUGCUUUUGUGUGUGCCUCACCUGUACUCCUGCCUGGAGGAUCGAAAUGGAGACGUGCGUAAAAAAGCACAGGAUGCCCUGCCAUUCUUUAUGAUGCAUCUCGGUUUUGAGAAGAUGGCCAAAGCUACUGGCAAGCUGAAGCCAACUUCCAAAGAUCAGGUACUGGCCAUGCUCGAAAAAGCCAAAGCCAUCAUGCCAGCCAAACCAGCUGUUCCUGCUAAGGCAUCUUCCAAAGUGGUAGGAGGAGCAGCUCCAGCCAAAUUCCAGUCUGCAUCAGCACCCGCUGAAGAUUCAGGGUCCAGCACCAUGGAGCCCAAGCCUGACCCCAAAAAGGCCAAAGCAGGAGGAGCUGCCUCUAAAGCUAAGGGUGCACAAGGGAAGAAGAUACCAAGUAAGCCAAACCUGAAGGAAGAUGAUGACAAAUCAGGUCCUAUUUUUAUCAUAGUCCCAAAUGGGAAAGAGCAGAGAAUGAAAGAUGAGAAAGGAUUGAAGGUGCUGAAAUGGAACUUUACUACUCCCCGUGAUGAAUAUAUCGAGCAGCUAAAGACUCAGAUGUCCAGCUGUGUUGCCAGAUGGGUACAAGAUGAGAUGUUUCAUACAGACUUUCAGCACCACAACAAGGCACUGGCUGUGAUGGUAGAGCACUUGGAGAGCGAAAAAGAUGGAGUCAUCAGCUGUCUGGAUCUGAUCUUGAAGUGGCUCACCCUACGGUUCUUUGAUACCAACACAAGUGUUCUGAUGAAGGCCCUUGAAUACCUUAAAUUGCUUUUCACCUUGCUGAGCCAGGAGGAGUAUCACCUUACUGAGAACGAGGCAUCCUCUUUCAUCCCAUAUCUUAUCCUGAAGGUUGGGGAAUCGAAAGAUGUUAUCCGCAAGGAUGUGCGUGCCAUUCUGAAUAGGAUGUGCUUAAUCUAUCCAGCCAGCAAGAUGUUCACUUUCAUCAUGGAGGGGACAAAGUCCAAAAAUUCCAAACAGCGGGCAGAGUGCCUGGAAGAGCUGGGGUGUCUUGUUGAGUCCUACGGCAUGAAUGUGUGCCAGCCAACUCCUGGCAAAGCAUUAAAGGAGAUGGCAAUUCACAUUGGCGACAGAGACAACACUGUCCGCAAUGCUGCACUCAACACCAUCGUGACUGUCUACAAUGUGCAUGGGGACCAGGUGUUCAAGCUGAUUGGAAAUCUUUCUGAGAAAGACAUGAGCAUGCUGGAGGAGAGAAUAAAACGGGCUGCUAAGAGACCUGCUGCUGCUCCAGCAAGGCAGGCAGAAGAGAAACCUCAGCGUGCUCAGAGCACAAAUGCUAAUGCUAGCAUGCUGAGGAAGGGACCAGCUGAGGACAUGUCUUCCAAACUCAACCAAGCCCGCAACAUGAGUGGCCAUUCUGAGACGACACAUACAGUUCCACGGGAAUUCCAGCUGGAUCUAGAUGAAAUUGAGAAUGACAAUGGCACAGUUCGAUGCGAGAUGCCAGCACUUGUACAGCACAAACUAGAUGACAUCUUUGAGCCAGUCCUGAUCCCGGAACCCAAGAUCCGUGCUGUGUCCCCACACUUCGAUGACAUGCACAGUAAUACAGCUUCCACCAUCAACUUUGUCAUCUCCCAGGUAGCCAGUGGUGACAUAAAUACGAGUAUCCAGGCUCUGGCACAGAUUGAUGAGGUCCUCAGACAGGAGGACAAAGCAGAAGCCAUGUCUGGCCACAUUGACCAGUUCCUAAUAGCUACAUUCAUGCAGCUCCGACUGAUCUACAACACACACAUGGCAGAUGAGAAACUGGACAAGGAUGAGAUAGUCAAGCUCUACAGCUGCAUCAUUGGGAACAUGAUCUCGCUAUUCCAGAUGGAGAGCCUGGCCCGGGAGGCCUCCACAGGAGUGCUGAAAGACUUAAUGCAUGGCCUCAUUACAUUAAUGCUGGAUUCACGGGUUGAAGACCUCGAGGAAGGGCAGCAGGUCAUCCGAUCAGUCAACCUUUUGGUGGUGAAGGUUCUGGAGAAGUCUGACCAGACUAACAUCUUGAGUGCCCUGCUUGUUCUGCUCCAAGACAGUCUGCUAGCAACAGCCAGCUCUCCCAAGUUCUCGGAGCUUGUCAUGAAGUGUCUGUGGAGAAUGGUGCGGCUUCUUCCUGAAACCAUCAAUAACAUCAACCUGGAUCGAAUCCUGCUGGACAUCCACAUUUUCAUGAAGGUGUUUCCCAAGGAGAAGCUGAAGCAGUGUAAAAGUGAAUUCCCCAUAAGGACACUUAAGACUCUGCUUCACACCCUGUGCAAGCUGAAAGGGCCCAAGAUCUUGGACCAUUUAACAAUGAUAGAAAACAAGAAUGAAUCUGAGCUGGAGGCUCACCUGUGUCGAGUAAUGAAGCACUCCAUGGACCAAACUGGAAGCAAGACUGAUAAAGAGACAGAAAAGGGGGCUUCUCGUAUAGAUGAAAAGUCUUCAAAGGCCAAAGUAAAUGAUUUUUUAGCAGAGAUAUUUAAGAAGAUUGGCUCCAAGGAGAACACUAAAGAGGGUCUGGCAGAGCUGUAUGAAUAUAAAAAGAAGUAUUCUGAUGCAGACAUUGAGCCCUUCCUGAAAAACUCCUCUCAGUUCUUCCAGAGCUACGUGGAACGAGGCCUCCGGCUCAUUGAGAUGGAAAGGGAGGGCAAAGGACGCAUUCCUUCAUCUACAGGAAUUUCUCCUCAGACGGAGGUAACGUGUCUCCCCACUUCCACCAACACAGUGUCUUCAUCCAUAGGAAACACAAAUGGGGAGGAGGUGGGGCCUUCAGUCUACCUGGAAAGGCUAAAAAUCCUCAGGCAGCGUUGUGGCCUUGACAAUGCAAAGCAGGAAGACAGACCACCAUUGACAUCACUGCUCUCCAAACCAGCCACCCCUACAGUUGCAUCCUCCACGGAUAUGCUGCACAGUAAGCUCUCUCAGCUCCGUGAGUCACGGGAGCACUACCAGCAUUUGGACCUGGACUCCAAUCAGACUCACUCCUCUGGCAUUGGAACCGCCACCUCUUCCUCCUCUUCCACAGCAGCCAAUAUUGAUGACUUGAAAAAAAGACUGGAGAGAAUAAAAAGCAGUCGCAAAUGAAGCUGUUUGAGAGAGAGCGUGCGCGUGAGCAUGGCCGCUGCUUAGCUGUCUUCAGCUUUAGUUUACUAAACUAGAAAGUCUUCAUAGUUAAAGGGGCCUCAUUUAGGCCUAGUGUAUACAAACUGGUUUAUGUAUAAUACAGUGGAUUUUGGGGGAUGAUCUGAGUCAUUGUGGCACAAGUAUUUGUACAUACUCUGCUUCUCAGUGAGCAUCUCUUGACAAUAGAAGAUUGUCUGUGUAUUAGGUGUAGUGUACAGACCUGUAAACAGCUGUCCUCCUGCUCAGACUAGCUUCUCAUAACUUGGUUUUUUAUUUGUAAAAUUGUCUUAAGAUCUUUUCCUAGCUCUUAACUCUUAGAAGCUCUUUAGUGGUUUCACUUUUAAUUUUGUGAAUUCUUCUCCAUGUAAUCCUUGAACUGUUGAUUCUGUAUGGACGCAUGGCAUGGAGUAACUAAUUUAAGUGUCUUUUGUAAAUAAAGUUUGCAUUAAUUAUACCAGUCCCUGUAGGAGCAGCAGUGACUGUCCAUGGGAAUAGUAGCCACUGUGUAUUCUUGGAUGCUAGUGAAUGGGUAUUGCUGAGCUGAAUACAGCAAUGGACUGCCCUGAGCUGCCCACUAUUCAUGGAAGGGAACCCUGGACUUUUCAGCCUUUUAUUUCUACCAGCAGUAUUGUUGCUGUUAAUAUGGCUGCCUUUCAACUUCUUCCUAAGAACAUUGAGGAAGCAGAAAGGAAUUGACUUAGACUAACAAAUGUUAACUAGCAACUUCAAUUUACAGGCCCCUGUGAAGUCAGUACCAAGAGCAAGCCUAGUCCCCAUUGUGAAGAAGUGCAGUGAAACAUUUGCCCCCUUCAAGAGAGGUUACUGAGGGAUAGAAAUGGUCUUACAGAAUAGGUAAGCGGCAUCCCAUGUUCAAAAUACUCUUAGCUAGGAGUCAAAGUUCAUGUGAUUUUUUUUUUUUUCCUCAGGUAGCAGUGCAGAUCCAAGUGGAUCCCAGCCUACAGAACCACCAUUGCAAUUAUGAGAAUCUGCUUAGGGGGAUGACACGCUAAAAUCAAAAAGUCUACACGUCCUGUGGUAAUACUAGUUUUUGAAGAUGGUUGCCAUUGGUUGUGAUUAGUAGGAGGACAUUUCCUCUGGCUACUACUUUCCAAAAAAAAAUCCUUAGCUGUAAAAUUGAGACCCAUGUUGCAUUGCCUGCUUACUAUUUAAUGUGAUAGUUGUCUUCAGCAAACUUGUUAUGGAAUAUGACUUGCAUCCAUGUUUUGGAGCUGUAUCCCGUGAUACUCAUGGCACAGAGGGUUUCUGUAGUAUUUUCCUGCUUCUAGGUUCAUCACUGCUCCCUGAAAAGCUGCUGCUUCAUGAUCUGUUCUCUAAGCCAGCAGUUCCUACCCCAGGGCUGGCACUAAACUAAUCUUGGCUGAAUUUUAAGGCAUCUCUGAAGAAUAUAGUUUAAAUCAUUACCUUCUGUGCUGCAGCUUCUGCAAUUCUCUCCUACAGAAAUGAUAGGGCUGGAGUUCUAGUGAGGCAGUAACCUGCUACAUGGUGCCUGUAGUGAGUCUGUGUAGCAUGGAAGGAAUCCCCAUCUUAUGUAAGUGGCCAGCUGGUGUCAAUCACUUCCCACCCCUAUUCUAUUCCUGCCAGGCUUUUUGUCCAGUUCCUCUGAAAACAGUUCUAGGCAUAGGGUGGCCUCAUACCCUUUUCAAUGGACUAGAGCUAUGACAGAGCGCUCAGACAAUCUGCAGCUGGGGCUAUGUGUUGACAAGGGUCUAGCUGGAUAGUUUGUGUUUGCUGGCAUGGGAGCCACUGCUGUUAUCACUCAAUUAGUGCUGUGUUGCAAUGAUAAAUUGCCAGUUACUUUCUGGGUUAUGGUUUGCCUUUUGCACAAAGUUUCUGAAAGUAGCUGACUGAGUUCUGCUGUUACAUUACUAUAUGUUGUAAAAUGCUGCAUCCUUUGUUUGUAAUUGCUAAUUGGUGCAGUAGUGAGUGAAGUAAAAGGAAUGCCUGUAAACUUGUACAACACUAACUUAACAUUUCAAGUUAUUUUGGAAGUUCAGAAGCAAUUAAGUAUCAGUGGUAGAAACCAGUAUUACCUAAGGUUUUUGCCCAUGUUGCUUCUGCAGUAUAGCUUAUUCUUGUCUAAUGGUGUAUGGUUGGCCCAGGAAUUACUUGAUAGGUAAAAUUUAGACUGUUUAAUUAAAAAACACACUUAUCAGCCUAUUGCAAAUAUUUCCAUCCUAUUAGUUAAAUUUUGUUUUGAAAACAAGUGUGUAACAAGUCAGCCUUUAAAGUGACUGUACCAGACAUGAAACUAGUCUAUUUUUUCCUCAUUUUCCUACUGUUAGACUAAGUACAUUAGAAUUGACAACUGUUUUCAUAGUCAGGACAUUUACUCUAGACUCUUGUAUCAGAGGCCAUUAAAUGUAUAAAA